CUCAAACGUCUUUGAGGACAGAGAGAGCACAGAGGGACGAUAACAAUACCAACUGGGAAAAGGAAAAUCAAAGAAGAUCACUGAAGGGUACAGACUCAAAGGCACUGAAGCUGAAGGGAAACCAGAUUGGUCCCUCAUAUCCAGGCAGCCAUGGUCUUCCUGCUAAUAUUCCUCACUAUGCUGCAUCUGGUCAUCUUAACCAUGCUCUUCAUCGCCACCUUGGAGAAGUCCUGGUGGAUAUGGGAUGAUUUAGAAAUCACCGACCUCUGGUAUAACUGUUUCCAUGAUAAUGCCACAAAUACCUGGUUGUGUGCUGCUACCAAUGAAAGUGACUGGCUGCAGUCUGUCCAGGCCCUCAUGGUCCUCUCGGUGGUCUUCUCCUCCAUCUCCUUCGUGGUUUUCCUCUGUCAGCUGUUCACCAUGAACAAAGGAGGACUCUUCUACUUCACAGGCCUCUGUCAGGCUUUUGCAGGUUUCACAACCUUUGCUGCUUGCCUCAUCUUCACCUUCCACAGAAAGGAGAUUUUAAGUGAAUCCAGAGAUCUGAGCAAAGGUCGCUUUGGCUAUUGUUUCAUCCUGGCGUGGCUGUGUGUCCCGCUGCUCCUCGUCAGUGGAGUCCUUUACGUCCACCUGCGCAAGAAACAGUGAGCCAAAAACGUAAAGGAUGGAAAACCUCUUAAUAAGAGUAUGAUGCUCUUAAAUCACUUUCCAGCUAAUAGAAACUGCACCUGAGGAAAUAAGAUGACUGAGAAGGAAAUACGUCCUUUAAUGAUACAAUUCUGUAUUCUUUCUGACUUAAUAUCCGCUCUACCGUGAUGCAUGGUUCGAGGGACAAUAUGUCAUCAUGGUGGCAUCUUUGUCUGAGAGACACAUAGUUGUCACUCAAGAUCAAGAAAACUAAAACUCAGUCAUGCUGUAAGAUCCAAAGCUCUUUUGAAUGUAACAUAGGGAUUCUGAUAUAAAAAUUAAAAUAAUGAAUGAAUAACUUGUGCUUCAUGAAUGAUUCAUGUAUCGGUUUACUUAUUAAAAAACGUGACACACUGAUUGUUGACGUAAACUUUACUAAAGAGCACUCCUUUCUCUAAAGGGCUAAAUCUGUGUAAGACCUGUUUUGUUUGGUAUUAAGUGCUUUCUGUGUAACAACAGUGCAGGUGCAAUCCUCUGAUACAACAUCAUGGU